GCAGUAUUAACGUGAUUAGAAAAGGUUUCCGUGAUGAUACCAGAGCAACCAGAUUAUAACUUGGAGGAGCCUACAUUGGAAACGGUACCAGAAAUUGAAUUCUCCAAAUGAUGUAAUUUCUGAAAUCAACAAGUAGUGUAAAAUGGGUUACGCGCACGGUUGGACCGCUCCUCCCGGCGCGAUUGGUGCCGGCAGCGCCAACGGGAGAGCCAAUGUUUCCUGUUCUCCGGUCACGCUCCAAUAGCAGGGGUCCCCGCUUCCAACCAAUCCGAUUCCUCGGUGCCCCGGCGCCGUUCUGUGAGCCCCUGCGUGGCGCACCGGGUCUUCUCAGUCAAGCUGUGCUCGUCGGUUAGAAAGGUCAUCACAGCGCGCCUAGCGUGAACGCCAACCUCAGCGUUAGAAAAUCGUUUGAAAAUUGAGACCCCCGAACGGCGUCUUGAGACAUAGACACUCUAGUAGCGCUCGCACCUUGGCGCAGUGAAGUGCUGCCGCGACGGACAAAUUCGCGGUGUUGUUGGUUUCUAAUCAGUGUGUGAAUUGAUUUUGUAAAAUAAAUUUUAUUUAGUUUUUGCGGUAUAGUGAUUUGUUUAUACAAAGAAGUGUGUACUGCGCGGCUUCGCAAUGAUGAACACUGCGUUUCUAGAUGGUGGCCAUCACCACCAUCUUGGCGGGUAUGGUAUCAAGAUGAGUCCUGGUCAUCAAGCGGGUAGUACCGGUAUACCAUCACCGCAUCAUCAAAACCCGGCGGCGGCUAUGACACCGCCCGAGGCGCAGAACCAUCACUUCCAACCCAACUAUGGACAUAUGGGUCAUUUGAAUCCCCAUGCUGGGUAUGCGGCGCGUGAUUUUUUACUCCGACGGGAUCACCAUGACUUCCCUACGGGACAGACAGCACCUACUGAUCCAGUUCUGUUCCACCAUCAUACCGAUAUCGCCUCCCAUCAUCAACACCUAGCACCACAUCAUCAAAUGUUGUAUUCCCGAACGGCCGAUCAUCAUGCGGCCGCCUACCACGCCGCAACACAACCUAAUCAUGCCGCACAGUACCUCAACCCUCAUAUGCCUCACAUGCCACAUCAUCCUGGCAAUGUACACGGCGCCUUCUUUCGCUACAUGCGUCAACCCAUCAAGCAAGAGAUGCAGUGUAUGUGGGUGGACCCUGAUCAACCGCCGCCGAGGAAAAUCUGCGGAAAACACUUCACCAGCAUGCAUGAGAUUGUCACACAUCUGACGGUGGAACACGUCGGAGGUCCCGAAUGUACUACGCAUGCAUGUUUUUGGCAGAAUUGUAUGCGUAAUGGACGACCCUUCAAGGCGAAGUACAAGCUGGUAAACCACAUCAGAGUGCACACCGGAGAGAAACCAUUUCCGUGUCCAUUCCCCGGAUGCGGAAAGGUGUUUGCGCGCAGCGAGAACCUGAAAAUUCACAAACGAACUCAUACCGGUGAAAAACCAUUUAAAUGUGAAUACGAAGGUUGUGAUCGACGCUUCGCGAAUUCCAGCGAUCGCAAGAAGCAUUCGCACGUUCACACCUCUGAUAAACCGUACAAUUGUCGUGUUGCCGGCUGUGACAAAUCCUACACUCAUCCAUCAUCGUUGCGUAAACAUAUGAAGGUGCAUGGAUGUUCCGGAAGAUCACCACAACACUAUGAUAGCGACGGUGAGGAGUCCAACUCGUCGUCAGCGGGCAGCAUCUCGGUGGCGGCUAGUCCGCACGUGAGCAUUCCGACGCAUGCGCAACCUGUGACAACACACGUGCCGGGCACGACCGCCAUCAGCGAGUGGUACAUGUCCUGCCAACCUACACCACCCACCACUGAUCCUUUAGGAGGUUUAAGCGCCUUUGGACAUCUGCAUCAUCACGGCGGCGCCGCCACCGCGUACUAAAACCACCAACAACAAAAAUAAGUGAUAUGAUAAACUAAACGUAAUUUAAUUUAAUGAAAAUAUUGUACAUAGCGCUUUAUUUAUGUAUUAUAGUUAGUUAUAAUUUGUAAGUGAAGGACUGGACUUGACUUUUUAUUCAAUUGUGCAAUUUAACUGAAGAAGAAACUAAACCUAAACUAUGUGACACGAAAAUUUAGAAACAUUUGAUCUUUACUGAUGUGAUUAAAUGUUUCUAAAGUUUUUAUGCUGAUGCACUUGCGUGAAACAUGUAAAUAUCUUGUAUAUAAAUCGUAAAUAUUGUAGGAAUAAGUGAAUCACGUUUUCGCUGAAGUGUAACCCACGCAUUUUUUUCAGCUUGCAUAAAAAUGCGUGUGUUAACUCGGCUGGAUGGAAGAAAAAUGUAUAAUAAACAAGAACACGCUCGAAAACUUAAGAAAAAAACACUUAAAUAUCUCUUCAGGGAUCUCUGUACAUUUAAUAAAUAUAUUUGAAAUGAUAUAUCGCGCGGAAGUUUAUUGUAAAAUUUAAUUUUAUUGAGAUGCAGAACGGAUAUUGAAUGCGGACGAUAAUAAAGUUGACUGAUGUAUAAAACAUUACACAAAACAA